AUGGUCAGAGAAACCCUCAUCUGCUGGCCAGAUCUCGUGAUACGCUUGGACAUCUGGCAUUUUAUGCGCAGGAUUGCCUUGGGGUGUACAACUGAUGCCCAUCAGCUGUACCCCAUCUUCAUGUCACGGCUAUCAGCAUGCAUCUUUGAAUGUGAUGCGGCUGAUGUCUCUAUGCUUCGAAAAGCAAAGAGAGAGCUGUUGAUGUCCCAGGGUUGGCCUGCGCUGACAGAUGAAGAUGCCAACAAGCAUCUGACCAGGGAGGAGCUGGCUCUAUAUUGCCGGUGGAGGACCCGUGGAGAGGAGACUACCAUCCUUCACCUUCAACGACUGCUUACCGAGCUCCUGAGCAGCAAGGGCAAUGACUCCCUGGGUGUUCCUCUCCUGGACCGAGAAAGGAUGGAGCAUGUCUGGAGUGUCCAGAAGAAGCACGUCAAGUGUAUCCAAGACCCCCCUGGUGUUGCGCUCUAUACAGAGACAGGGAGCUUAACCAAGGGAGGUGUGCUUCUGAAGACAUACAGAUGUGCCAGAGGCUCCACUUCUCUUGGAUCCUUUCAUUUACACCUUAACCGUUUCAUCCCAGAGACCAGUGCAAACAGUCUGAACUUUCAGAUUUAUUUGCUGGAGGGUCUACACCGGUGGAACCAGGAUCGGGAGGCUGCUUCGCUGUCAUCGGAGCCAUCAGCUUUGCGCAGCUACACAGGAGAACUUGUUCACUGUGUAAACCGCAAUUAUGAAAAGCUGUUUGGCAGGAAAGUGGUCCCCACUUGCCAGGCUCACGUCUUACUCCUGCCCACUCACACCCCUGGAGUAGAGAGCACCAUCAGAAGUGUGCUGGGUGCAAGCAGUGCACCUGCUCAGUGGCCUGACUGUUGCCGUCUGGUGGAGACCAUCUUCAUCAGGCUUUGCACAAUUCACCCAAGCCCCAAAAGAAAAGGCAAGGGAACGCUGUCGAGAUGGUCUCUGAUCCUCCAAGACUACAGAAGGAUAAGGCAGCUUGUACUGGGCAACAGCUUGGUGAUGGGAGGAACCUCAAUGCAGCUGGUGGAGGUUAACCAGAACACCCUGAUUCAGUGGUACAACAACAGGCAGAAAAAGCAAGAGCUGUCUGUGCUGCUUCAGGGCAUUCAGUUGCCUCAGCCCCUCCCUGAAGCUCAGGAACCUUUCCAGGCUGCCAAACGCCCACGGACUGAGCCAGGACAACCAGGGGAGCAGCACCAGUACAAGCUACCAGAGAGCACAGCAGGUCAGGCAAAGCAGAGGCAGACUUCUACUGGACGACCCCCUCUCAGACCCAAGGCACCAGCACAGAGUCCUAUGUUGGUUACACCAUCAGCACCUGGAGCAUCAGUGCAGAUGGUACCCAACAUACUUAUACCAGCAGCACCAGGUUUCCAGGGUGUGCCAGUGUUCCAGGGUCUGCAAAUGGUUCAAAGACUGCCAAUGGUUCAGGGGAUGCCGAUGGUUCAGGGAAUCCCGAUGGUCCAGGGGAUGCCAAUGAAACAGCCACUGUUACAGCCUACAGUUGUGCAGGGCACCAGUUCACGACCUGCUGCACCAGCUGCCAGUCCGCAAGCCAUGCCCAAGAGACCCUACAAGAGAACUGUAGAGGCAAACACUUGCAAGAAGUGUGGACAGUUCAAAACCAGUGCAACGGACAUAGGCAAGGUGUACUGCCCACAGACUGAGACUAUUACAAAAGAACAGUGGUUGGAGCAAAUGCGGAGAACUGUUCCCAAAU